AUGCCCACGAGGAGGUUAUUAUCGAAACUGUCGGUCCCAAGUUCGUCUCACGCACGAUUAUUACGCGUUUUAAUGCUGAAUAUACUACUUAGCAAGGUAUAUUUGACUGGCAACUAUAUCGAGAUGCAAAACCAAAACAUGCCUCCGUUUGGAUCGGAACUCGAUUCUGAGGAGGAGGAGGACUUCGACUUGCGCGAAGUCAGCUCAGAUGUUGAGAUGGAUGCGGAUGAACUCGACGAUGAAGCCAGGUUUGAAGAGAUAGACGACGCUGUUCACGGUGCCAAGCGGCCUCGCGAGUCUGAUGCUGCCGCAGAGAAAACUUCAAAGAAACAAAAGAGCGAGACUGGCCAGGCCGUCAAACCCGCCAGUGAAAAAAAAGACAAGAAGGACAAAAAGAAAGACAAGUCGCAGGAUCAGGACAAGAAACCCGACGAGAAAAAGUCUGAAGGCGCAUCGAAAGCGGUCGAGCGCGAGAUUGCUGGAGGUAUCAAAAUAAAAGACUCCAAGGUCGGGACUGGUCCUGCUGCGAAAAAGGGCAACUCUGUCUCCAUGCGUUAUGUUGGAAGGCUGUCUACACCACAAGGCAAAAUUUUCGACUCCAACACCAAGGGCAAGCCGUUCAACUUCCAACUUGGAAAAGGUGAAGUGAUCAAAGGGUGGGACGAGGGAAUCGUCGGCAUGCAGGUUGGCGGCGAACGCCUGCUCACGCUUCCCCCAAAUAUGGGUUACGGCAAACGGGGGACUGAUGGAAUUCCUGGCAACUCGACAUUAGUCUUCGAGGUGAAGCUAGUUAGCAUCAACAAGUAG